AGCAGAAAUGUCUGAUGGUAUUUAUGAAGAUGUGAUCAGGACUGAGUCUGAGGGAAUGAACACAGACAGAAUGGAGAUGACAGUGGAAAUCUAUGAGAGUGCAGAAUGUGUGAGAGAUCAUGACUUCAGGACAGAGACAAACACACACCAACCACUUCAGCGUACAGGAAGUGAUUGUGUGAAGAUCAGAAGCUCCAGAGCAGCUGCAGUGUGUUUGGUGCUGCUGUGUGUUCUUCUGCUGACUGCAGUCAUAGUGCUGUGUGUCACGUUCACUCUAGAGAGACGACACUUAAUAUCCAAGAAUGAAAACCUGACCAAUGAGAGAGAUCAGCUACUAACUAACAUCACCAACCUAUCAGAAGAGAGAGAUGGGCUGAAAAUAAAGACCAAAAACCUGACCAAUGAGAGAGACCAGCUACUAACCAUGAACAUGGCCUUGACAAAUCAAAGGAAUGAAUUAACUAAAGAAAGAGACCAGUUCAAUCAGGAGAGAAAUGAACUGUGGAAGAAGUUUAAUGAAAUGGAUGGAUGGAUUUACUAUCAAUCCAGUUUUUACUUCAUUUCCUCUGAGGAGAGGAACUGGGCUGAGAGCAGAAGAUACUGUACAGAGAGAGGAGCAGAUCUGAUCAUCAUAAACAACAGAGAGGAACAAGAGUUUGUUAAAAAGAUAUCUGGUGGUACUGGAGUCUGGAUUGGUCUGACUGAUAGUGAUGAGGAGGACAGAUGGAAAUGGGUUGAUGGCACCAACAUGACCUCUGGGAUCUGGGAGUCUGGAGAGCCUAAUGGAUCUAAAAAAGAGAACUGUGCUGUGUUAUUUUCAUCAGGGUGGCAUGAUUAUCCCUGUAAUAAAGCUUUUAAAUUUAUCUGUGUGAAAAAUAUUUAAAAUAGAAAGAAAGAAAGAAAGAAAGAAAGAAGGAAGAAAAAGAAAAAAGAGCAAUUAAAUGAAAUAUAUUUGUAAAGUGUGUUGUAACUGAGUCAAGUUUAUUCUCACCAUAGAUGUAAAUAAUGACAGUAACUACUGUAUCGGGUCAGUGAGUAAAGUACAUGAGGACAUCUUAUCACAAUAAAUACAUUAUUUAACAUUAUUUAUUAACACAAAUAUAACCAAGAGUAGCUUGAACUCAGUCCACAAAACUAUAAGCUUUGAUGAAGACAAAGACUGAACAUUAAACCUUUAGAUGACACGCAGCUCAAAUACUGAAGAUUGACCAGAUCAAUACAGUGAGAGACACAGAUAACAUGCAGUCACUGAAACAAUGUUCAUGCGUCAACUUUAACAUUUAGUGUUGAAACAAUGGUGAGAUUUCAACAAAAUCAUCAAUGGGAAUGUCAGUGAAUCAACAUUACACUAUGAUUGAUUGUACAUCACUGCUACUGAAUCAAUAUUGAAAUGAACAAAAAUAAUCAAUGGUAAAUAUUGAUUGAUCAAUGUUAAUGUGAUGUUGAUUCAAAGUCACUUAAACAAUAUUAGUAUUUCAGCAACACUUCAAUAAUGCGUCAACAAAUUCCUGACCAUUUUAAAAAUGUGGAAAACAUUUUAAAAUAUAAAUGACGCCUUUCCAGCAAUUUAGUCAAUUUAUUUUAUUUGACAGUUUAACACAAUCAAUGACAAAAUGACGUGCAAAAAGGACAAAAGCAUCACAACCUUUAAAAAACAUUAAUUUCAGAAGUCUAAUGUCAUAAUUACAAGUGGUCCAACGAUUCAAGCUUUCAAGAUCUGGUUUGCAUCAGAAAACUGCCUCUUUUCCUUUGGGUUCUCUGAAAUCUGAAAAAGAAACCAUGAUGUUACUUAAGAGCAAACAUAGUCACAUUCAGGAAUAUUAAUAUGCUAAACACAAUAUGAUUCACUUUUUAUAAAAACAGAAUAUUCUAACUAUUUAUAAUACUGUUAAAUUACGUAUAUAUUUAAUCUAUAUAUCUACAAUUGUGCUGUUCUCUAUGAACAUUUUGUAUUUAGCCUAUUAACUAGUUAUAGUAGAGUGACCCCUUCUGUUCAAAGUGGGGUAUUGCAUAUAAUUGUUUAAGUCCUUAUAUGAUGACAUCACUAAUGUGAGACAAGUUUCAGCAACCGGGGCUGCGUUCCAGUUCGG